GCCUAGCAUCCUCCUGCAACAGUGCCCCCAUAUUAGAUGCCACAAACUGCCACUGCUAAGAAAUUAAUUUCAGGAACAGAAUUCUGUAUUAAAGAUGAUGAUGAUGAUGAUGUUCCUGAGGAAAAUAAUUUGAAUUAUUUCAAUAAUGAAGAACUUCUGAAAGCUUUAAAUCGAGAAUGUUUAUAUUUUCAAAAUGAAAAUGAUGAUGAAAAUAAUAAUGAUGAUUUUGAUGUUAAAACUCCUUUUGAAAAGAUGAUGAAAACAAUGACACCACUUGUAGAAAAUCAAAUUUUUAAAAAAGAAUUAAAGACAGGAUUUGGAAUAGAAUUGCCAAAUAAAGCAUUCGUUACCGUCCACUAUAAUUUCUACUUAGAAUAUAAUGAUGAGCCAUUUGAUUCAACUAGACUUCGAGACACUCCUUAUAAAUUUGUAAUUACUGGCGAUCUGCUUAGAUGCACGGAAUGAAAAUUUUAUAUUAGUUUUACCAUAAAGUUACAAAGUUAACAAGUGAUCUUGUACUGAUUUGAACAAUUUAUCAAUAUAUCAUUGUAUCGUCUGAGUAGACUAAUUUGCGUAUUUUCUGAAAUUUGCUUAAUUCUUCAAUGUUAUUUUAUGGAUAUUGAAACAUUUUCGAGAGAAGACCUACUUUUAUG